AGAUGUUUGUUACCAACACAGCUAUGGCUGCUCUCGUUCCCCCAGACGGUAAAGAUAUGGAUGUUGCUAAAUGUUCAUUAUGCUUUGAAAAUUAUACCGAUCCUAGAUUGUUGGAUUGUUUUCAUACGUUCUGCAAGGAGUGCAUUGAACAACUUAUAGUAUAUGGUGGAAAAGAACGGAACACAUUCUGUUGUCCAUUGUGUCAACACGAACACUCGAUACCUAAAAGUGGAGCUGAUGGCAUGAAACGGAACUUUUAUAUGGAAAUGUUGCCUCAAAAGAAAGAAGUUCAAUGUCAAACAUGCGAGAACAGCAGUCUAGCGGUGAAGAGAUGCUUUGAUUGCGAUCAAUAUAUGUGUUCAGUGUGCUUUAAAACGCAUCAAAAGCUAAAGGUAAGCCGUUCUCAUCGGAGCUGUGACAUUGGCCACGAAAAUCAAGGAACUCAUACUCAGACGAUCUACUGUUCUAAGCACCGAGAGGAACAACUGAAGUUUUUCUGUUGUCCUUGUAAACUUAACAUAUGUCGUGAUUGUAAAAUCACGGAACACGAAGGCCACAGAACGGAAGGUCUUUCAACCAUUGCUGAAAAAGCAAAGAAGUCACUGGAAUUAAAACUGACAAAGUUCGUGAAAUUAGAAGAUUUAUUCAUAACUAAAAAGCAAGAGUUAAAGAGUGCUAUUGAAGCUACUGGUGGUGACCGAGAGGACCUCAUUAAAAUCGUCCAAACAAGAACAGUUGAAAUUGUCAAAUGCAUUGAAGCAUUAGAAGGGGAGUUGAUUAGAGGAAUAGACAAUCUUUUCAGAAAAAGAGAGUCUGAUCUAGAAAAGAAGGAAACUCUCACUGUUCAGAACAUUACUUCAAUAAAAGGUCGCGUACAAUACAUAAAGCAAGUACUAAAACACGGGUUACUACCAGAUGUCACACAAGCUGAGACAUUUAUGCAUUGCUCAGAGGCCAAGUUAUCCCAAACCUUGGAUAGCGUUAGUGCAGUAGAUGCCUGUAUUGUCCCGAUUUUUGUUUCUUCCAAAUUCAUACCACAAAUUGAUAAUAUUGGAACGCUGGAAUUCGUAACUUUUAACGUAAAUUUCAGUUUCCUGUGCGAUUGUCCCUUAAAUCAUAUGAUUUCAGAAAUUUCCCCGUCUACCAAUAGUGAAAAAGCAUGGAUUCUGUAUCGACACUUGCAUAAUACAUCUCACCAAAUACACCAAAAAACGGGUGGUCUAUACCAUGAAAGGGGCGACAUACUUUCUGUAUCUCGACAGCACGUGCAACAUAUAGUAUUUAGAUCCAAUGAUGAGGAAGUACGAUUUGCAAAACACCCAUCGUGGUUUGAUAAAGAAAACGAGAAGAAAACUAGUCUUCAUAUUUUUAUACACGAUCUCCUUUCCGUCACUGUGAGUGAAGAAGACAAGAUCGUGGUACUUUUGACACAGAACCGUGUUGGGACUGUCACAGACGCUGGUGAAUUAGUGAAUAUUGUUACUCUGAAGUCCGUUGUAUCUGCCCGUGGUAUCGCCGUCUGUGGAGAUUUGAUGUACUGCAUAGACAGGUCAAAUCAAUGUGUUGCAUGCUUCAAGACAAAUUAUGAAUUUGUGUAUUCCGCUACCCCAUGCAGAUCCUUUUCAAAACCUUUCGACCUGAGAUCCAUCUGUUGUGAUAAGAACGGAAACGUAUUUGUUUGUGAUUUCCAGAAUGAUGUCAUUUUUUUCCUUGUAGGGGAACGUUUAAUCCCUGUCGUGGGAGAGGUUCGCCGACCCACAGCAGUGGCAGCAGAUGGCAAAAACAGACUCUGGAUUGGGAAAGAAAAUGGAGAAAUUCAAAUUUACGACAUAAAACUAAAUCAGUAAACAUAGCACAUUCUGCAUAAUAUAUGUUUCUUCCAUUGACAUGUAGUUAAGUACACUACAAUGUAAAAUGUGAAGGAACGAAUUCUAUAGUUAGUUAUGUAUUAGGCUUUUAGAAUACAGUUGACCUAUUUUUCAUUUAAUACGUUACUGAGGUCCAGUCAAGUGUUGGAAUGCUUCGGUUUAAUAUCUAUAACUAUGGACAAACAAGCAAGAUUGUAGUGAUUACAUCAUCAUAUCAAGAUGCUGCAUGUGAUAGUGAGGCAAAAUAUUAGAUUUUGUAAUUUAUGGUAGACCAACUUUGUUGAGUGGAAUGAUUUUAUUGCAUUCAUUUGACAAUCCUACUUUACAUUUUUAUACAAAGUGUGGUUUUUUUUUUUUUUUUUUGCUAUGCAUUGAGCUUCUCUUUUCGACUAAUAAAUUGAUAUUAAAGGUG